AUACGCACUAUGGCUGCAAUAACACUGGAGGUGUACAAGGAAGACUUAUCGAAGAGUGGAAAUGUUCUAGUCUUUGUUGGCACAGAAAUAAAUUGUCUCAACUCAAAGGAUCCAAUCUACGUCCAAGGAAGGCCAAGCAGUCGCAGAUUUGCUCAUCGAGCAUCUUCAAGUUGCCAUGCCCAUCCCACUAGUGCGCAUUUGGCCCUUAUUCAGCUCUUCAGAGCUGGCUAUGUGAAAUAUCUGAUGACAGAGAAUACAGAUGGAAUGCUGAUAAAAGCUGGAGCAGAUGAAGAAUCUGUCAUAGAAAUUAACGGUAAUGUGCACACUGAGGAAUGUUUAGGUUGUGGACUGAGUUUUGUCAGAGAGUUCUGUGUCCAGACCUCUCAUUGUGGUAUUUUCUCAGUACGUACCUGCCAAAUAUGUGGUGCUAAACUACAAGACACUGUCAUAAGUCGGAACGAGUCACCUGAUAUAGUCCUUAAGGAGUCUGUCAGUCAGGCUAUGGAAGAGGCAGAGCAGCUAUUGAUUAUUGGUUCGGUUCCGUCCUCUGAAAGAUCAGCCAAAUACUUUCACCCGUAUUUAAACAGAUCCACUAAAGUGACGUGUGUAUCUAAGACGAAGCCAACAGAAACUAACGUACAAUGGUUACAAUACGAUCCAGCAGAGUUUAGUGGGGCACUAUGUAAACUACUAAAUGUUGAGGUAUUAAACUACAAGAUACACCGCACGAUAUCCCUGAUAAUAUCCAAGAAAGAUGAUCAAUGGCUCAUCAGAACUAACUGCGUCACAUCAGGAGGUCGCCAUUUCUCAUGCUUGAAGGGAGUUGACGUUAUUCCCUGUAUUGAAAACGAGGAGUUGGAGGAGGAUCCGGAGGUUCUGUGUUACGAUCCUUAUCAGUGUGUGUUGCCGAUGUCGGAUGUUAUCAACAAAUGUCAUCUUGAGAUUUACUACAUUUUCUUCGGAUUUAACCAGGAGCCGGAGUGGUCGGUCGGAGUGCCUAUUUCUGAAAGUAGUCACGUGUUUGAACUGUCUUGCAACCCUGGAGAUAUGGAGUGGACAGUACAGAAGCACUGAUACUUGAUAGUGAUCUUCUAGUGAACUUCUGUUUGAAGAUUCUUAGCUUCACAAUAUGUUACUUGUUACUUUUGAUGCUCUUCCACAAAAUUUAAACGUUGUCAGAUUUGGAGGGUGCUCUUGAAUCUGGAAU